GGUGGUAGGUCGCCAGAUGGUGCGCAUCGUCAGUGGCCCUACAAACCAUUACACAAACAACAACAAGUUUGUUGUUUGACUCACAGCGAUUUUGAUCAUUUCCUCGGAAAAAUCAGAACUUUGGCGAAUCCCUGAAGAAUGUACUGAUAAGUAAGCUCAUGAGGUACACGAAGUGUCAUGAGGUACACGAAGUGUCAGUAAUACCACCUCAUGUUGUGUCAGCCUCAAGUAAUGUGUUGGCACCUAGUACUUUUACCAGUGACAAUAUUUGAGUGUCCAGUACCAUGUUAACACCCAGUACUGUGUCAGUGCUCAGUACUGUUACCAGGACUUGCAGUAGUAUGUCACAAAGUACUGUAGGUGUAAGAAAUACCCAGUACUAUUAAGCUCAUCAUAGUGACAGAAAUGCUAUAUAUUGUCAACAGUAGAAGAGUUACAGCAUACCAGUGUCAGCAGUGGAAGAGUUGCAGCAAACCAGCAUCAGCAAAGCCACCAAGUGAGAGAAAUACUUUGUAUGUGAAUUAUCAACUUUGGAAGUCAUACAUCAUUUAAGUGUCAGGUUUUUAUAUAGUAUCAGUACACUAUCUUAAGAGCCUCCCUAAACAUGCUAUCUACUACAUACCCACUCUUGACAUCCUGUAUAUGCAAAUUCAUUUGGAUAUAUUUGUGCUGCAUUGUCUCAUUGUAUUAAAAGUUUGUUCACUUACCACAUGCACAUGUUGUGUUGACAUGUGCUUAAAAAAAUCACUCUUCAAAGAAAAUGUGUGAAUAUCUAAUUUAAAGUUCAGGAAAUAUUUGUUAACUCCACUGUUGUAUGUAUUAUCUAAUUAUGUAAUAUGCAUGAAUGAUGAAAACUAACAUGUCCUUGGAUGAAGCAAGUCACAACAUUAGAGAUGAGAGAGAUGAUGUUUCAGUCUGUUCUGGGCCAUCAUCAGUGUUAAAUAUGUAUAACUGUUGGAGUUAUCGAGAUCUUAUUAGUUAAUUAACUUUGUUCAGUAGUAUAAUUGCAAGCUAUUAACUGUGUGCUUUACAUUGUCAGGUAAAUAGUCAUCCAAAUUAAAAACUAGAUUCAGUGUAUAGGUAUAUAUCAUCCCUCUUCUUUCCACAUUUUGUAAAAUUAUUUCUUCAUUCAGUCCUUGUGUCCCAUUCUCAGCCAGAGUGUCUGGCCCAAGACCAGGCCUGGGAGUAGAAAAACUUUCUGAACUCAUCAAAGGUAUAUCAAAGGUAGUUUUACUGCACUCCUGUAUGUCAAUUUUGAUUAUGCAAAUUUUUUAUUCAUAGGAUAUUCUUACCUUUUAAAAACAAUAUUUUUCAGUCAGUAUAUGUCUGAUACUUAAUAUUCAUCCAAAUACAGUUUAAUAAUAAAAUGUCCAACAAUUUCUUUGACUUAAUGUGCUAUCAUCUUUCCUGAUUAGUUAAAAUUGAAGUCCUGUAUAAUAACUGUUAAAGGGUAUACUCUUCUUUUAUUGUUAAAGUUUAAAGGUAUAUCUUGCAGUGUGUAGCUGUUAUAAACUGUAGUUUGUGUUUCACACUUUGUAAAGGUUGAGUCUUCAAGGAAUAAUCAUAUUUAUCACACUCGCUACUGUAUCUUUAAUCAUAAAACGUAACAUCUGAAAUUAAUGACUCAGUGAGCAUUGUGAUAUGCAGAUUAACAUAAUCUCUUUAGCACUUAGUGCAUAACACAUUGUGAUAGACCAUUGUGAUAGACCAGUUUACAUCAUCUGGUCAGCAGUAAGAGUAUAACACAUUCAUAUUCAGUCUGAAAUGCCAGUUUACAUGAUCUAGUAAGUGCGAAACACUUAUAUUCACUGUGAUAAGCCAGUUUACAUGUCAUAAUGUAAGUUCAUUCACACUGUAAUGUUAGUUAUCAUUUAGGUUAAAUAAACAUAAUGUCAAUGUCCAGUGCUCUUAAAUAACUUUCAUAACAAUUUAAUCUUUGCAGAGUAUAGCAGUUCAUAGAAAACAUUUGAGGAUUUUGAGCUCUUGAGGUUAUGUAUAGAAUUAUUUUUUAAAUAUAUAAAAGAAAGUAUAUAAUUAUUCAUUGUUAAGUCUAUUUAAGAUAAUUAUUUCUGCAUAAUAUAUAUCAUGUGUAGAUGAAAUUGGUAUUUCGAUUACUCUCACAGUGUUUUUGAAGUGUAUCUUAUGGAUUUUGAGGCAUUAAUUGAAUUCCAGUUCUGAAAAACACCCUUUCAUUCAAAAGAAAAUUGUCAUUGUUAUAAAAUUUGAAAACAUUAGUGUUCAUAUAAACUUAAUAUAUACUGAUAUAUAUUGGUGUACCUUGUUAAAAAAUGUAUAAAAAUAUAAUCCAGGAAAACAUACGAAUAUUUAUAUGGUAGAAGAAUCGUGUCAGAUUGCAAUAUGUCUGAAAAACUUAAUAAGGAAUAUACUGAAGCAAUACAAAUAAGAUUUCAUAAAACAGAUAAAUUAUAUAAAUGUUCAGUGUGUUUAAAGAACUUUCCCAAAAAAUCUUUUUUACUAGCACACAAGAAAAUUCAUAAACGUGAUAAAUCAAAUCGGUGUUCAGUGUGUCUAAAAGCUUUUUCACAUAGUUCAUCUCUAGUAAAACAUUUAAGAAGCCAUACAGGAGAAAAGCCAUAUCAGUGUUUGGAAUGUCUUAAAAGAUUUUCUGAUAGAUCAUCUCUCUUAAAUCACAUAAAAAUUCAUACUGGAGAAAAACCAUAUCAAUGCUCAGUGUGUCUAAAAGACUUUCCAGGAAAGUUUCAUUUAAUAAGACAUACAAGAACUCAUACAGGAGAGAAACCAUUUCAGUGUUUGGAAUGUCUUAAAAGCUUCUCAGCCAAGUCCAAUUUAGUAUCACACAUGAGAAUUCAUACAGGGGAAAAACCAUUCCACUGUUCAGUGUGUCUAAAAGGUUUCUCAGAUAAAUCCCCGCUAAAGAAACACUUGAGAAUUCAUACAGGAGAGAAACCAUACCAGUGUUCAGUAUGUCUGAAGUACUUUAAUCAAAAAUCUCAUUUAUUAGGACAUAGUAAAGUUCAUACAGGAGAGAAACCACAUCAAUGUGCAGUGUGUCUGAAAUACUUCUCAGUAAAAUCUUGUGUAGUAACACAUAUGAGAAUUCAUACAGGAGAGAAACCAUACCAGUGUUCUACAUGUUCAAAAGCUUUUUCCGAUAGAUCAUCUCUAUCAAAACACAUGAAAAUUCAUACUGGAGAGAAACCAUAUCAGUGUACAGAGUGUCCAAAAAACUUUUUACUCAAGUCUUGUUUAGUAAGUCACCUGAGAGUUCAUACAGGAGAAGCACCAUAUCAGUGUUCAGAAUGUCUUAAGGUCUUUAAGCAAAAAUGCCAAUUAAACACACACAUGAGAGUUCAUACAGGUGAAAAACCACAUCAUUGCUCAGUAUGUCUGAAAGACUUUAAACAAAAAUCUCAUUUAGCAAAACACAUGAAGAUUCAUGCUUAAUAAUUUUCUUGAAAAAACCACCCAGCAAGUAAAACAAGUUUGUAAACGAUAGAAACCUUAGCUAAUAGCUCAUGAGUUAUGUAGCCUGAUAAAGGAACACUACAUGUAAUGACUGAUGAUAACUCUACAAACAAUUCAGUCACUGAAGGUGGAAUGAGAUCAAACUGGAUUGCAUCUCCAUUAGUAAUGUGCCUCAGCAAUUAAGUGCACUUUCGUUUCCAUAGUUCUGAGUAAUUUGUGUCUUUUGACACUGAGCAAAUUUUGCAUUCCAUGUUUUGGGACCUUCCUCUCCAUUAAAUGUAUUCUUGACUUAUUUAUAGCUGGUGACUUGGAAUAAGUAUUGUAUCAUGGCUUGUCAUUUGUAUGAUUUUUCUCAUGUUCUUAAAUCUUGUAGUUAUUUGCUUAUUUAUGGGUUGUGGCUUGAGACAAAUUUUGGAUCCUGUUUUGUGGGCUGUGUCUUGUGGAACCUUGUUGCUUUCAGACUAUUUUUGACUGAUUUCUUGGUUUUGAUUAAGAAUAUGUAUACAGUAGGGCCCAUCUUAUACGGCGGGUUAGGUUCCAGGCUGUCACUGGAAAGCAGACAUCACCGGAAGGCAGAAUGCCAAUUUUUUCCAUUUAUAAAUGCAUAUAAAUACCAGACAACAAGUUUACACUAAAUUAUAUUAAGUUAGUAAUAGAACCAGGCAUUAAAAACACACAAAGUAAAAUACAUUCACAGUAAAUUCAUUACUUAUCUUAAAGUAUUUGUAAUCUUAAUGUAGGGAGAGAAGUGAGUAGUACUUAUUUGUAGGAAGUCAGGUGCAGGUAGCCCAGGUGUAGGUAGCCCUGACUCCCCGUCUCAUACUUAAUAUACGAUAUUUAAAACAUCCCAGAGAGGUAAAAUACACAUACAGUACACUCAUUAUUUACCUUAAAAUAUGUGUAGUCUUAAUAUAGGAAGAGAGGUGAGUAGUAUUUAUUUGUAGGAAGUCAGUGUAGGUAGCUGGUAGGUGUAGCCCGCCUGGGCUACACCUACCGGCUACCUACACUGUGGCCCAGAGCCAUAUUAUUAACAUCGACAUACCUUGUUCACUGAAUUUAAUCAUUUCUAACAACUACCUUUAGAUGCCAUCAUAAAUGAAGGUAGAAGUAAUGAAUAAUUCAUGCCGAAAAUUGUAAACAAAAGCGGAGUGAGGGAGUGGCUGGGCCAAACGCAGAUUCAUAAACGUUUUCUCUGAUGGCUGAGCAGAGAAAACGUAAUGUUGUCCCUCCACCCAGCUACCACACAGGUCCACAAAUAUUAUUAUCAGAGCACUCAUAAAAUAUGCAAUAAAUGCCAGACAACAAGUUUACACUAACUUAUAUUAAGUUAGCAAUAGAAAUAGGCAUUAAAAACUCAAUAAAAGUUAAGAUACACAAAGAGUACACUUAUUACUUACCUUAAAAUAUUAAUAUUAAUGUGUGAGAGGUGAGUGGCUGGGUGUUUAUUGAAUAAAAUCAGAAUGGCACACCAUCAUCCUCUAACUUGGCACUCAAAGCAAGAAGCUUAUGACUUCUCUUUUUAUCACAGCUAACCUUAGACGCCAUCGUCAGUGAGAGCCAACUAGUUAACGAAAGAGUAAAUGAGAGAGAGAACGAGAUACAGAGUUGAGACAAUGUAAGAACACAAACUGAACAGGUAGUGGACGAUCACUUGGUCAGGCGAAAUAAAUGCGUAUUAACCCUUUGACUGCCGCAACCCCCAAUCCUGAGGUGUCUCCUGGUGUCGCAAAAUUUAAAAAAAAAAAAAAAAAUAUUUUUUCUUAUGAAAUGAUAGAGAAUCUUUUCCCGAUUGUAAUGACACCAAAAAAAACGAAAUUUGAUGGAAAACUGACGGAAUUAUGCUCUCGCGAAGUUAGCGACCUCGGCGCUGUUUACAAAUCGGCGAUUUUGCCCACUUUGUGCCCUAUUUUCGGCUAAUUCCAUUGUUCCAGUCGCCCAAACUCAUAGCUAUUUCUUUAGAACUACAUUUUUUCUAUCGAUUGAGUACAAGAAACUGCCUAUUUACCGAUUUCAACUACCUAAUAAUGUGGUCAGAAAUUUGCAAUUUGGCCAAUUUCACGAAAACUAAAAAAUAUGACAAUUUCAAAAUAAGGUCCAGAAUGAACAAUGCAGACAUUCCUGGCUCUAAAAUAACAUUUUGUUUGCUCAUCAGUCAUGUCUCCAGGCCCCUCUGAUAUUACUCUUGCUUUCUAUUUUGAAUUUUUAUUCAAACAAAAAAUAGAAGACUUACUAUUAUGCAGACUACUGCAAUACUGUAAUAAUUGUAUAAAUAACAUCAACCCAUUCAUGGGUGCAUAUUAGAAUGGCUAGUUGGACAUUUAUUGGACAAUGGCAUCAUUUGUUUACUUUUGAACAAAGUCAAACAUUUCCCCUACUUUGAGCUCCAUUUCUAGGUUCUUUUUAUAGUAAAAUCAAUCAAAAUCACCUCUAUUUCUAUAAUAUGUUUUCCAUUCUAUCAAAGGAGACCAAGAAAACGAGAAUACAGCUAUAAAUACUAUACGAAAAUAGACCACAAAGUCGGCAUUUUAAUUAAAAAAAACGGUCGGAGUUUUUUUUUUUCUCAUUAUGCACUGCGUGCUCUAGGAUUUUUUUUAUAUGGUGCACACUGACCACACAGACCCAUUCUCUCACAUGUGGGCUUACCAGCUUUCUCCUGCUUGAUUUGAAGCCGCUAGAAUUUAUGAGUAUAUAUACAGUGGUCCCUCGCUUUUCGUAGUUCUCGGCAAUCGUAAAUUUCGCCAAUCAUAGGGGUAUUUUCGUAUAAACAUGGACUCGCUUUUCAUAGGUUGACUCGCGAAUAGUAGUUCGUCCAGGACGCUUACGCACCGUGUGAGCUGAGGAGGCCUCCCUACCCAGCCAGUGUGGCAUUGUUUACCAGUGAGUGAAGGUCCCCUCAAGUGCUCCUACGAAAUAUUUCAUAAUAUUCCACUCAUUUUAGUGCUUGCAAGUACUAAAUAAGCUACCAUGGCUCCAAAGAAAGCUCCUAGUGCCAAGCCUGUGGUAAAGAAGGUGAGAAAUAUGUACAGUGACAUAGUCUUGUACCAUUUUAGGGAAGUGUUAAAGAGACGCCAGAAACAGAGCUCUCUCCACAGUUACUUUGCAAGACAAGACUAGAGUGACUCUCAAGGUGGUCCUUGUGGCAUUAAGAAACAGAGAAGAGAAGCAACCCCAGAGAAGCAAUUGGUACCUGAGGUGUUGCUGGAAGGGGAUUCCCCUUCCAAACUGUAAACAAUCCAAUCUCUCUCCUCCUCCAGUCUCCCAUACACUAAGAAGAAUCUCCAAUAAAGGUAAGUGUUAUGCUGUUAAUGUUUCAUUCAUCAUUUCCCAUUGUACUGUUUAUGUACUACAUGU